AUGGCCUCCAACGACGACAAUUUGAAGACGGACAGUCUGCGACAUGGGGAUAAUAAUGAGCAUUCAGUGCCUACCACCGCUGUGCACUCCCCAGAAUCCAAUGUGCAAUCAGCCUCCGCUCCUGCUUCAGCCCCAGAACCGGCAGCGAACCCGCUUACGUCUGAAAAUACCCCCCAUCAACAACAUAUGGUGACCGAAACGUCAGAUGCACAGCCUCUCGCUGGUGGCGAAAGUGCUCCUCUACCCCAACAACCAAGUGAUGCGAGUACUCUUCCGACUCCCAAUGCGCCCGCCGUUGAGUCCCAGGCCUCGACUAUUGAGGCGCCCCCUGCAGAGCAGCCAUUGCAGGAAUCUGACGCGAAGGAGGAAGACCAGGGCCCGUCGCUGAUGAUUACAUUGCUUUUGACAUCAGGUUCGCGGCAUCCGUUCAAGAUCGAUGGGAAGUAUCUCCAAAAACGGUCAGUGAAUGUGGAAAACAACGAUCCUUUUGCCAUGAGCGUAUACACGCUUAAGGAGUUGAUCUGGAGGGAAUGGCGACAAGAUUGGGAACCGCGACCAUCAUCGCCGAGUUACAUUCGGCUGAUCUCGUUUGGUAAACUGCUCGACGAUAAAGCGCCUCUAUCAGACUCCAAAUUCAACCACGAUGCUCCCAAUGUGGUGCACAUGACAAUCAAACCUCAGGAACUUGUCGAUGAAGAGGACGCCAAAGGCUCUAAGCCACAGUACUCGCGGGAACGUGAAGCCAGUGAACGAAGCCCGGGGUGUCGCUGCGUAAUCCAAUAA